UAGACAGCAGAAGCCCUGUCCCUCUGAUGGACAACACUAUGACUCACUGGAAGUUUCCUUUACUAGUCUCUAGAGACAGAUUUAGGGAUGAACUGAGGAUGAAUGUAAACCAGCACACUCGAAUGGCCUCUCCGUACGGCCAGCCCCAACCUGGUUAUGGCCAGCACGGCUAUGCUCCACUGGAUGGGGGAUACCUUGCUCCCUACAAUGGUCCUGGUUCAGCGUACCAGACCGGGGCUCCACCACAAGGUUAUACUCCUUUCACAACCUUUCCCUAUAAGGCUGUGACAGCCCACCCAGUCUCUGACCUCUCCUCUCCUCUUGACUUAGGUCCUACCAGGGGUCCUCCCACCUCUGGACCCCCUCCAGCUUCAGCACCACAGCAAUAUAAUCAGUACAGUCAGAGCCAAGGGGACAUACAGAAUGGACCCCCAUCAGCGACCCAAGCACCACCCAGGUCUGCUGUGUCUCAGCCAUACAACCAGGGAGCUAUGAACCUGUCAGGGCAGCGCUUCUCCUAUCCGCAGCACUAUGGGCCCCCACCCACAAUGCAGCAGGUCACCAACCAGAUGACUGGGAUGCAGAUCGCCUCUGGACCACCGACCCCUGCAGGGCCAGGAUAUGUUCCACCUCACAGCUCCCAGCCUCCUGUCACUACUGCCUACUCGGCUACACCCCUAUCCUCCCAAACCCAAGCCCCUCCCCCAGCGUCCUCUGCUUCCACCCAGCUACCACCUCCUACGGGCCCUGCAGCUUCUCAGCAGUACUAUGGAGGCCCACCACCUUCUUCUCAACAGCCAUUCAACUCUUCACUUCCCCCUACCUCUCAACAGCAGUUCACCUCCUCUGCACCGCCACCUCCUCCUCAGCAAACGUUACCUCCCUCCUCCUAUUCAGGUCUUAUGCCUCCACCCAGCCAAGCUCCUGCUCCCCCAGCGUCCCAGCCACAGCAAGCCUUCCUUCCAACUCAGCCUCCAUUUUCUUCAGCACCCUCACCUGUCAGCCAGCCUUCCUUCAUCUCUGGCCCCCCUCCACCUGCCCAGGGCUCCUUCCCACCUACAGCACCCCCUCCUUCUUCUCAGCCUGGGCCUUUUCCUCCUCUUGGUCCUCCUCCAACCUCAGCUCCCUCUGGCCAUUUUUCAGGCCCCAUGCCACCCCAGCAGCAGCCCCCUCUAUCCCAGCCAUCCCCCUAUCACUCAGGUCCCCCUCCUCCCAGAGCUCAGAUGCCUCCCACUUCCAUGGCCCAAAGCAACCACCUGCCUCCAGGACCACAGGGCCCACCUGGGCCUCCUGGGCCCCUGCAGCAGCCUCCAUCUCACCCUGGAAUGCAAGGAGGAUAUCCCCCUCAGCAAAAUGGUGCGUUUGGGCAGACAAGAGGCCCUCAGCCUGGCUAUGCAGGCCCUUAUCCUGGGCAACCAAACUAUGGAGCCCCUGCACCAGCACCAGCUCCUGCUCCCCCUGCUCAGAAAAGACUUGAUCCAGAUGCCAUUCCUAGCCCGAUCCAGGUAAUAGAGGACGAUAAGGCAAAGACCACAGAGCCAUUCACCACAGGGGUCAGGGGUCAAGUCCCACCUCUGGUCACCACCAACUUCCAGGUCAAAGACCAAGGGAAUGCCAGUCCUAGGUUUAUUCGCUGUACAGCCUACAAUAUGCCUUGCACAGCCGAUAUGGCCAAGCAGUGUCCUGUGCCACUGGCUGCUGUCCUCAAGCCCCUCGCCACACUGCCACCAGAUGAGACCCCCCCAUACCUGGUGGACCAUGGAGAGAGUGGUCCAAUCCGCUGCAACCGCUGCAAGGCCUACAUGUGUCCGUACAUGCAGUUCAUAGAGGGAGGUCGACGCUUCCAGUGUGCGUUUUGCAGCUGCAUCACAGAGGUGCCUCCACAUUACUUCCAGCAUCUGGACCACACUGGUAAGAGGGUGGACUGUUAUGAGAGGCCGGAGCUUUCUCUGGGCAGCUACGAGUUCCUGGCCACUCUCGACUACUGUAAGAACAACAAGAUUCCUCAGCCUCCAGCCUUCAUCUUCCUUAUCGAUGUGUCCUACAGUGCUGUGAAGAGCGGCAUGGUCGGCAUCAUCUGCCAAGAACUCAAGACCCUCAUAGACUACCUGCCCAGGGAGAACCCAGAAAUGGAGUCUGUUGUGCGGGUGGGUUUUGUCACCUACAACAAAGUUUUGCACUUCUACAAUGUCAAGUCGAGCCUGGCCCAGCCCCAGAUGCUGGUGGUGUCGGAUGUAUCGGACAUGUUUGUACCCCUGCUCGACGGUUUCUUGGUCAAUGUAAACGAGAGCCGACUAGUCAUCGAGAGUUUGCUGGACCAGAUCCCAGAGAUGUUUGCAGACACCAGGGAGACAGAGACUGUCUUUGGACCUGUCAUCCAGGCAGGACUAGAAGCACUCAAGGCUGCAGACAGUGCAGGGAAGCUGUUUGUGUUUCACACGUCUUUACCCAUCGCAGAGGCUCCUGGAAAACUAAAGAACAGAGAAGACAAGAAGCUGAUUGGGACAGAUAAGGAGAAGUCUCUGUUUCAGCCCCAGGUGAGCUUCUACAACACCCUUGCCAAAGAGUGUGUAGCCCAGGGCUGCUGUGUGGAUCUCUUCCUCUUCCCCAACCAGUAUGUGGAUGUUGCUACAUUAGGAGUGGUUCCUGUCUCCACUGGAGGUUCAAUCUACAAAUAUACCUACUUUCAGGCUCAGUCGGAUCAGGAGCGAUUCCUGAAAGACCUCAGACGAGAUAUUCAGAAACCGGUAGGGUUUGAUGCUGUCAUGAGGGUGCGAACCAGCACAGGUUUCCGAGCAACAGACUUCUUCGGCUCCUUUUUCAUGAGUAACACCACAGAUGUGGAGCUGGCAGGCCUGGACUGUGACAAGGCCAUCACUGUCGAGUUUAAACAUGAUGACAAGCUCAAUGAGGAGACGGGGGCACUCAUGCAGUGUGCCGUGCUAUACACCAGUUGCAGUGGCCAAAGGCGUCUCCGCAUCCACAACAUGGCCAUCAAUUGCUGUUCUCAGCUGGCUGACCUCUACCGCAACUGUGAGACCGACACAAUCAUCAACUUCUUCUCUAAAUACGCUUUCCGUGGUGUCCUGAACAACCCCACUAAGGUGGUGAGAGAUACUCUGGUCAACCAGUGUGCUCAGAUUCUGGCCUGCUACCGGAAGAACUGUGCAAGUCCUUCAUCGGCUGGUCAGUUGAUCCUCCCAGAAUGCAUGAAGCUGUUACCUGUCUAUUUGAACUGCGUGCUGAAGAGUGACAUGCUGCUGCCGGGAGCUGAUGUCUCGCUGGAUGACCGCGCUUACCUGAGACAGCUGAUCAGCUGCAUGGAUGUCACAGAGAGCCAUGUCUUCUUCUACCCCCGCCUGCUGCCUCUGAUGAAGCUGGAAAGCGGGUCGUUGCCGGUGGCGGUGAGGGACUCGGAGGAGAGGCUGUCAAAAGGCGGAGUUUACCUCCUGGAAACGGGGCUCCACCUCUUCCUGUGGAAAAAAGCCAGCGUACAGCGGGAGCUACUGCUCAACAUCUUUGGCUCGCAGAGCUUCAACCAGAUCGACCCAACCAUGACAAGUUUGCCAGUACUGGACAACCCGUUCUCUCAGAGACUGAGAGAGAUCAUUGACUCAUUCAGAGCACAGCGAUCACGAUACAUGAAGCUGAUAGUGGUGAAACAGGAAGACAGAGCCGAGCUGUUAUUCAGGCAUUUCUUGGUUGAGGACAAGAGCGCCAGCGGGGGAGCAUCAUACGUGGACUUCUUGUGUCACAUGCACAAGGAGAUCCGUCAGCUUCUCAGCUAGGCCCCCAGACUCCCACCUUCAACUGUAUGACCCCCACCACUGACCCCACUCUGGUUCACCCUCCUUGUGAAAGAAAGAAAGCGCUUUUUCUGUUUUUUUUUUUUUUUUGUUUUUUUGUUUUUUUUUGUU